AUGCACAGACGCUCGUCUGGCUCCCCGGUCGCGGACGACUCUGACGAUUCUCCGGUGCGCUCCUCAGACGAUCAUGGGAAUGGUCACGGCCCCGGAAAUGCUAUCGACAAUUCCAACGAUAAAUCGCGGUCGCAGAUAGCCCGCCACGGCACCAGUUUCGACCUUCGCCGGGAUAACGGCCGCUCGACGCCGCGCUCGCGGAAUUCCAGUCUCUGGCGCACUCCGUCUGCUCAACCGUCGAACGAUACUAAAACCAUGCCAUUGGGCUCGCCAAGGUUACCCAUGGAGGCGCCCUCCCCAGAUGGCCGCCGCGCGCGUCAGUCUAGCCUGCGCAGUCCGUGGUCCUGCUCUAUUUUGACGGCUUUGACAACCUUCUUCGCCGUCGCGUUUUUGAUCUCCACUGUGCGGUCGUUUGCGAGUCGUCAAAUCGGUGGGAAUGGAUGUGGUGUGCCUAUGAUGAGCCCGACGUUCAUUCGGAUGCUGGAGUUUGAUACCGAGCAUACGCGGUUCGCGAGCAAAUACAAUCUGUUUCUAUAUCGAGAAGAAGGCGUGGAUCCGUACACGCAGGACAAUAUCGGGUUGAAUGGCGUCCCCGUACUCUUUCUCCCCGGAAAUGCUGGCAGUUACCGACAGGUCCGGUCUCUGGCGGCAGAGGCCUCGCGACACUAUUACGAUGUGGUUCGACACGACGAUGAGCGACACGCGGCCGGCACACGCAGUCUGGACUUUUUCAUGGUGGAUUUCAACGAGGAUAUGGCGGCUUUUCAUGGCCAGACCUUGCUAGACCAGGCGGAAUACGUGAAUGAGGCGAUUUCGUACAUCCUCUCACUGUACCAUGACCCUCGCCGAACUCGCCGGGAUCCCGCGCUUCCCGAUCCUAGCGCGGUGAUCUUGGUCGGACACUCCAUGGGCGGUAUCGUGGCUCGCACCGCCCUGACCAUGGCGAAUUACCAGGCGAACUCGGUCAAUACGAUUAUCACCAUGUCAGCACCACAUGCGAAACCGCCCGUCUCGUUCGACUCGGAUAUUGUUCAUACCUAUAAGCAAAUCAACGACUACUGGAGGGAAGCGUAUUCGCAAACUUGGGCCAACAACAAUCCACUCUGGCACGUCACGCUGAUAUCAAUUGCGGGUGGUGCACGGGACACCGUAGUUCCGUCUGAUUAUACCAGUAUUUCAUCUCUCGUUCCGGAGACUCACGGGUUCACCGUGUUUACCUCGUCCAUGCCGAAUGUGUGGAUUGGCAUGGAUCACUUGUCUAUCACCUGGUGCGAUCAGUUCCGGAAGGCGAUCAUCAAGUCUCUGUUUGAUAUUAUCGAUGCUCGACGGCCGUCUCAGACGAAGCCACGGGCAGACCGUAUGCAGGCACUCAAGCGGUGGUACUUGACCGGACUGGAGGCAGUCUCCGAACGGACACUCUCUCAAAAGGAGCCGAAUACUCUGUUGACACUCGAGGAUAACGCGAAUACCAUCCUUGCGCAGGGUCAGCGGCUAGUCCUCCGCCAGCUUGGACAGCAACAUGGUCCCGAUGUCCGUCUUUUGCCUAUCCCACCGCAGGGUGUCUCCGGCAAGAAGUUUACACUUCUCACGGAUCAAACCCUUGACAAGCAGGGCAACAUUGAAGUGCUCUUCUGCAGUGUGUUCCCGUUGAACAAUGGCCGGUCGGCCAUUUUCUCCAUGAACUUGGACUUUUCUGGUGGGACCGUGGGGUCGACUCGCUUGGCUUGUAAGAGCGCGGCUGAGGAUGUCAUUUACCUGCCAUCCUCGACGCCGACGUCACAAAACGCGUAUGACCGCGUUCCUCCAUUCUCCUACCUCCAGUAUGAUCUGGAGAACCUCGCGGAGCAUCAGUUUGUGGCGGUCGUAGACAAGGCCAAUGUUCCCACUCCGGGCUUCUUGGUAGCCGAAUUCUCGGACAGCUCCGAUGCCAUGAUCCGUGCCAAGGUUGGCUUGGGUAGUCUAUUGAGUGCCGGUCUCAAGAUGCGAUUGCCCGCUAAUCGCCCUAUGCUCACCGAAGUGCAGAUCCCGGCAUUGCACUCUAGUCUCCUCAACUACAAGCUGAAGAUUACGCGGCACCCACAGAGGGAUGAGCUUUUUGCUCCGCUACUGCGCCAGUCCAUCCCAGAUCCACACGAGUCCAAAUUCUUUGUGAACGUCAACGAUGUCAAUGUCAAUUUGCAUGGUGUUGCGCCAUUCAUGCCGUCCCCUGUUCGCGAGUCAGCUGCCUCUGGCGGUGUCUCGUUCCAGCUGUGGACUGACCCCAGUCCCGGUGAGACUGUGGAUAUCUCGCUGAAGAUUGAUAUUACCGGUAGUCUGGGUGAGCUGGUCAUGCGGUACCGUACCGUCUUCGCUGCGUUCCCUCUUCUUGUCGUGGCUCUAGUCCUUCGCAAGCAGUUCCAGGUCUACGACGAGACGGGGUACUUUAUCCCUUUCACGGAUGGUCUUGACCGGGCUCUGCGGUCCUCUCUGCCCCUUUUGCUGGUGGGCAUGUCGCUUCUAGCUUCUUCCCUGGCUACAACGAAGGCCCUUCCUCAGUCAGAUGACCCCUUCCACUGGCGGACUAACUCUACUGAGACGCCGCUCGACUUUACCAAGAACGACCUCCUGCUUGGGUCGCAAGAUGCAUUCUUCUGGUUCCUCGUCCCGAUCUUUGGUCUCAUCAGUGUCGGUGUCUGCGUGUUGGUCAACUACGUCGCUCUAUUCCUCGUCAACGUCUUCUCCCUGGCUUAUGGCGCUAUCAACAGCAAGUCGGGAUACAUUCGUCGCGAGGACAGAGGCAACUUGCCCAUUUUCAGCGCUCCCACCCCGCGCCGUCGCGUCAUUCACACCGCGAUUCUCCUGCUUCUGGUCUCAACUAUCAUCCCUUACCAGUUCGCCUACAUGGUAGCCUGUAUCGUACAACUAGCAACCACAGUGCGAAGCCAAUGGCAUGCCAAGGAAACCAGAUCAACCUCCCACCUCAACUUCAGCAACUACGCCCACUCCAUACUAAUUCUGAUGCUCUGGAUCCUCCCGAUAAACGUCCUCGUCCUACUCGUCUGGGCCCACAACCUAGUCGUGCACUGGUUCAUGCCAUUCUCCUCGCACCACAACGUCCUCUCCAUCAUGCCCUUCCUCCUACUAGUCGAGACCAUGACCUCCGGCGCCAUGAUCCCCCGCAUCACCACCCGCUUCCGCCACGUAACCUCCAUCCUCUUCUUCGCUAUUGCCAUGUACUCCGCCGUCUACGGCGUCACAUACGCUUACUUGCUGCAUCACCUGGCCAAUAUACUGGCGGCGUGGUUUGUCGCCAUUUAUUUGGGCGGUAGUGGAUUUUCCCCGCGGAGGUUGUGGCGGAUUAUCGAUGGGGAUGAAAUGCCCGAGGAUGGUGGGAGACAUGUUAAGAAGAAGCCAUGA